AUGGCAACCAGCUUCGAGGAUUUAAGCAUCAAGCUUCUAUGGACGAUCGCAUCUUUUUGCGACUUCACUACCUUAAAGGCUCUUUCUUCAACAUCAUGCCGUUAUCGGAUAUUUCUGGCUAAAUUUGUGCCGAAGCGCGUUGUGUUCUCAGCUUGCGACAUUCGCGUGUCAUCUCAACUUGAAGAGUUUCUUCUGGCUGAUGUUUCUCUUUUCAAAAACCUGGACCCAUACAGCACCAUCCGAUCUGCUACUUUCUUCAUUGGUCCCAUCUCAGCGGCAGAUGGAUCAGGGCUGGAGCAAUCCCUGCCUCCUCCUCCAAAGUCGGAGGUUUCGAUCCUCCCUUCACAGAUCUGCAGAUCUAUUCAGGUCAUGGGCUCGCUCAAAUCUCUCACGUUGGAGUUACAGCGUUUCAGCCCAGAGCAGGGACAGCGCUUCUGCCAGUCGAUGCAGACCGUGCAACCCCCUGUUCUAUAUUUGCGAGUCAACGGAACCUUACCCAUCAUCGAAAGCAUUCUCAGGCAUUGCUUUCAGCUCGAGGCUCUCCAUAUCUCACGUGUGGUCCGCUCGGGUAAUUUUAACAACAUCAUGGCGGAGGUGAAAUUUCCGAGGGAUAUCCAACGCUUGGCCAUCGUCCUAGCUGUCGAUCUCCAUACUACUGGGGUUCGAGUUCCAUCCUUUCGUUGUGAUCUCAUCAGUAAAAUCACACAUAAGUUCGAGAAUCUGACCGAGCUUAUUCUACAUGAAGCCACCUAUGAUUACGAGCCAUUUGAUCUCCCUCACCCAACCGGGCAGCGCCUUCGUGCAGCAUUUCGGGUUGUCCUCAGGAGGGCUAUUGGAGAGCUACGGGGUCUAAGAAACCUCAAGCGGCUGGCCAUAACCAUCUGGAGAACGGUAGUUCGAAGCAUUUAUCCCAGAAACUCACUUGAUAGGAUGGACCGAAGGAACGACAAGUUCUACAGGGCGUGCAUCUCUGUCAUUGGAAGCAAGAUGCCCUGGCUCGAUCAAGUAGCUAUUCUCACCGAGUUUCCCAUUUACUGGGAUGGCCAUCGCAGAGAUCCAGAGGGUAUGCAUAUCCGCCGAAAGAGCCUGGAUGCUAAUCAUGACUCCUUCCCAGCGACGGUGACUAAGGGAUACUGA